UGCGCGGAGGUGUCUGGGCGGUGGCAGGGCCUGCCAGUACACGCAGCGUGGGCCACGGCGACAGAUGCGCCUGUGGGAUCAGGUGGUGUCCUCUGUUCGCGGUGGGCCACCGCGCGCAGAGCGGAUGCUCGGAUACACGAUGACCUGUGGCACCAAGUCAUGGACCGAUGAAUACCACUGGCUCAGCGACCUCGCCAACGCCGAUGUACAAGCGCAGCUCCGCCGCGAAGAACGGUACGCGAAGAAGGUGUUGCUGAAGCCAGCUGGAAGGCUCUUGGACCAGCUGCUGCGAGAGCUGUACCCACAGGCGCACCAAGAUCCUGACGCGGAUGCUCCCGCCGAUGAUGCUGCUCCCACGACACGCUUGAAUGGCUACGCCUAUGACACUGUCGUUGAUGCGGACGGCUCACUGGUGGAGGUGCGGCGGCGUGUCACCGAGAACGGACUUGGACCCCAGGAAGUCGUACUGCACCACGGCACGCUGGCGCAAGUGCUUGGCGCAGACAGCAUCGCAAUCAGUUCGUUGAAGAUAUCACCAUCCAACAAGCUGGCCGCGUGCGUGGUGGCACACCCUGACGCCGCCAAUGCGACGUCGCUGGUCGUGUUUGCCCUGCCGUGUACCACCAACAACACCAACACCACCAACACCAGCACCAGCAGCAGCGGCAAUGCUCGUAAGCAUGUGCGAGCGGGCGACGCAAUGGACAUUGUGGUGCGUGUCGAUGGUGCAGUGAACAUGGAGUUUGGAUUUGAGGGCGGCAACGACUGCAUCCUGUACACCAUCGCAGACAAUCUCAACCGCCCAAGUUCGCUGUAUCGCUUAGAUCUGACGGACGCGAGUGCGCAGCCGUCACUUCUCCAGCACGACCCCGAUCCCCGCUUCUUUCUGGACAUCUCCAUGACCAAGGAUGGCAAGUACUUGACACUGAAUGCCAACAGCAAGACCACAUCGGAGGUGGCUGCACUGCGCACGGACAAGGCGCUCACUGAUGGCGCUGUCGUCCUCUGCCCACGUGGCGACUGCCACUACUUUGUCGAGGUGGGAUGA